AUAGUAAAGUAGGUGUGCGUAACGUUGAACGUUCGUGUGACGUGCAUUUUCAUCUCUUAACUAAACAAAUAUUACGUCCUGACGUACAAGUUAUAUAUUUUAAAAAAUGCAAUCGAUAUCUGGUUUCCUUUGUAUAGUUUACAGUAUAGUGCAUUUUUACAACUUUUAAUGUGUUGCAUAUUUUAACCUGCAAAUAGAACAUUGCAUUGUGUGCAGCAAUCAUUAAUGUUCGUGUUAUCAGCUGUGGUAAAGCCUGACCGCUGCUAAUAAUACUUUAUCAAUUCAUGGCGUUUUCAUGGUGUCGUUCGCACGUGGUGGUUCCCGCUCAUUCGCCGUCCGGCCCGCGCCGAGUGAUGCAAUGUUUGUCUGACGCCGCUCAGUUUUUCAGAAAAUUAACAUAAUGAUUAAAAUCGCGGCGCUGUAACCAGUAACCACGUGUUCGGACACUGAAAGAAUUGAUUUGUUUACCGUGAUAUAUUAAAUUAAACGUUUAAAAAAUGGCGAAAGUGUCGGCCUCAGAACUCUCGGAAGGACUGAAACCGAAGGCGAUGGAAGUCGGCGGCGAGUCGGGAGACCCUGGAGACGCUGACGGGUCGCGCGAAGGUCUACACUUGAAGAAGGAGUUGGGCCUGAUGAACGGGGUGGCUAUUAUCGUGGGGGUGAUCGUGGGCUCUGGCAUCUUCGUAUCGCCAAAAAUGGCGUUGAGGUAUGCCGGCUCCAAGGGCAUGGCCCUCAUCGUCUGGAUACUCUCUGGCUUUCUCUCUAUGAUCGGAGCUCUGUGCUACGGGGAGUUAGGAACAAUGAUCCCCAAGUCCGGGGGAGACUACGCUUACAUUAGCGAGGCCUUCGGUCCUCUCCCGGGCUUCCUCUACCUGUGGGUGGCCCUCUUCAUCCUCGUGCCUACGGCCAACGCCAUCACGGCCAUCACCUUCGCAGAGAACAUACUGAAGCCCUUGUGGCCGGUCUGCGACGUUCCCAAGGCCGCCUCCAGCCUUAUAGCUGCAGUCCUUACUUGUUUUCUUACAAUUAUCAACUGCGGUAACGUGAAAUGGGUGACGCGGCUGCAAGACUCGUUCACCGCCGCCAAGGUGCUUGCGCUGCUGCUCAUCUUCUUGGCCAGCCUGGUGCACCUGUUCCACGGCCACACCGAGAACCUCGAGGGCAUGAUGAAAGGAACCAAGACCGGACCCAGCGAAAUUGCCAUCGCAUUCUACUCGGGCUUGUUCUCAUAUUCUGGAUGGAAUUAUUUAAAUUUCGUAACGGAAGAAUUAAAGGAUCCUUACAAAAACCUUCCCCGUGCCAUCUGCAUAUCGCUGCCCGUCGUGACCGCCGUGUAUGCCCUGACCAACGUGGCCUUCUUUGCCGUCCUCACCAACGCCGAGAUCCUGUCGUCGAACGCCGUGGCCAUUACCUUCAGCGACAAGAUCUUGGGCUCAUGGGGAUGGAUCAUGUCCCUGUUCGUGGCGUUGUGCACGCUCGGCUCGCUGAAUGGAGCUAUAUAUGCAUCUUCUCGCCUGUUCUUCGUGGGGGCUCGGGAUGGAAACUUGCCGUUGGCGAUAUCGCUCAUUGAUGUGAAGAGGUUAACGCCUGUUCCUUCGCUUUUAUUCAUGUGUCUGGUGACGCUGGUGAUCCUGGUGUGGAACGACGUGGAAGCGCUGGUGGUGGUGGUGACCGCUGUCGAGGCGCUCUUCAUACUGUGUAGCGUCACCGGCCUCCUGUGGCUGCGAUACUCUCGCCCACAGGCCACACGGCCCAUCCGAGUGAGCCUCAUACUGCCCUGCGUCUUCUUUAUUGUCUGCACCUUCCUAGUAAUCCUCUCCUGCUUCGCACACCCGAAGCAACUCGCCAUAGGUGUUUCCUUCACCCUACUCGGCAUACCCGUCUAUUUUAUUUUCAUCAAAUGGCAGAACAAACCACUCUGGUUCCUCAACGCAGUACACAGCUUUAACACGGCUACGUCUAAACUCUUUCUCUGUUUACCAGAAGACUCGAAAGAAUUAUGAUCAUUCGAAAAACUGACUGUGUGUGUGAUUUAUUUUUUUACGUGCGUUUGUGUUCUUAUUGAACUGUAUUAUUUAUUUUAAGAUAAUGUUGAGCUGUUUUACAAAAAGAUCUGUACCUACGCUUGUUUAUAUGUUUACUUAGGAUUAAGUAUGUACAUUCCGUCAAUUACAAGUUGACUAAAAAUACUAAUUCCUGUGCAGUUGUGAAACUCCAAGGUCAUUUUUCAAACUAGCCUUGCUCGUGGCAUUAUGACCGCAUUUUAAAACCUACCUAAGUAUAGGUACCUGUGUAAUUAAGUCGCUUUUAGUUUAAAUAACCAUCAGUAAUCUCGUAACAUUUUGGGGGAAUACAGUUUAGUUACGAAUAUAAUGUAGCCAAUAUUUUUUAUAUUUAUUAAUUAGAUAAUCCGAGCAUGUGUAUCCGUGGGACACGGCACGGUACAGAUUCAAAUCCAUCCAACAUUUUUUCGGAGAAUCUAGAAGAGCACCAUCACGAAACUGUAGGUAUGUAAUUUCUCCAGUACUAUUUCCCUAUGGCCGAAAAAGAUAGUGGAACAUUUUAUGGAAGCGGGUUAGAGGUAUCAGAGGUAUGUUUAUAAUAUUGUUAACAUCCUUUUUCCGUCUGGUUUAGGGAAACAUUCCAGCAUUAACCAGUUUCCUGGGAGAGAUCGAUUGAAGAAAAUGACAAAAUGACAGUCACAAAAUCUUACAGAGAAGUCAUGAGAUUAUUCACAUGUGGCAGUAAAAUGGUUUAAACAUAUCAUAUAGAUAUGGGCAUCGGCAAACAUUCAAGAAAAGUUAAGGUCACCGUCUCCGAAAAUAAAAAUAAAUAGCUUUGAAAAUGUGGGUACGUCAUACCGACAAAAAUGUACAAAAACAGCUGUUUUUGCGUAAUGGGAUUUAUGGGGGACUAAUCAUAAGUCACUAAAAAUGGAAAUUUAUUGCCAGGUAACUAUUACUUUGAGAGCACUAAUGGUCCAACGGACGAUAAUGUGAAAUAUGUCGAGCAUACGAAAUUUCCUAAAAAAGUUUUCCUAUGAUAAAAUUUUAACUAAAAAAAAUAGUAACAUUUGUGUUUUAGACACCGAUGGCUUUAAUGUACCACAACUUCCAUUAAAAAUCUCGCAUUUGAGUAAAAUUUAUCUUGCAUCUUACGUUGUUAAAUACAUUAUUAAAAUACAUGAAAAUUAAUGAAAAAUAACCAUGUUGUUUAUAUUUAGUACGACAUUGAAUUUUGUCCAGAUUUCACUCCGCAUACGUUAUUAGGUAAUAAGAAUAAACAAUUUCAUAAUCACAACCCAGUUCACUUGUAAGGCUAUAUGAAAAGUGUCCUAUAAAAUUAAAUAAUAUAAAUAAACGUAUGAUUACCUAACUUAUGGAAUAAAUUUACUUGAACAUA